GCGCAGAUGAACAACUUUCUGCUGUCAACUGCUCCCAGCAGGAGAUACAGGGCCUGGACAACAAGAUACACGAAACAGUUGAGACCAUCAACCAGUUGAAAACUAACCGCGAGUUCUUUCUGAGCUUCGCCAAGGAUCCGCAACAGUUUAUCAACAAGUGGAUUGUUUCGCAGACCAGGGAUCUCAAGACAAUGACGGAUGUGGUUGGCAACCCUGAGGAGGAGCGCCGCUCCGAGUAUUACUACCAACCUUGGGCCCAGGAGGCGGUCUGCCGCUAUUUCUACACUAAAGUGCAACAGAAGCGAGCCGAGUUGGAGCAGGCCCUCGGAAUCAGGAACAACUAGUGGCCUAUCUAGUUGACAACUAUAUAUAUCUGUGGUGUGUGGAAGUUUAAAAAGCAUCUAAAAGUUAAACCAUUCCCACCCAAAAUCUUGACUCAGCACCGUUAGAUUGUGUUUUGUCAUAAUCUUAUGAUUAAUUCUUGAUAGAAGCGAGCCGAGUUGGAACAGGCCCUUGGAAUCAGGAACAACUAGUGGCCUAUCUAGUUGACAACUAUAUAUAUCUGUGGUGUGUGGACGUUGACAAAGCAUCUAAAAGUUAAAUCAUUCCCACCCAAAAUCUUGACUCAGCACCGUUAGACUGUGUUUUGUCAUAAUCUUAUGAUUAAUUCUUGAUUUUUUUUCUCAUAAAUACAGUCUCAUAAUUUAGGCUGGGCGAACAUCCGGUUAGUCAAGACAAAACUAUAGUGAGGUCCAUGUUAUAAUGGCAGUGAAGGAAGAUACGAGAACAACGUUGCCAAAUUGACUCCAUUUUGCCACUGAGUGUACACAGCUGUUAUUCAAUUCAUCCCAUUAAAUUUGAUCUGAUAUCAAUUUCAAUUCCUUUAAUUAAAUUAUAAAUUUCAUGUUAAAUUAAUUAAAUUCAUCAAUAAAAUCUAUUUUUCAUAAUUGAUUCUAAACUUUGCUUUCAUAACUGAGAUCAGAUUCACAAGCCUGAAAUGGCGGCUAAUUUGAAAAGCAGUGAUUCACCAAUCUGAACUUCAAAACAACAGCAAUUAAGUUUUUCGCUAGGUAUUUUAUUCCAAUUUCUUUUAAAAAUAAUAGAAAAUAGAAAUUCUACCUGUAAUAAGAUAAUUUCAAUGGAAAUAAUGAUGAAAAUGACCUUUCAAUAUUAUUUAUACCGGUACCAGUGUAAGCCUAGCCUAUUCCGGUAAACUGUAGUCUAGGAUGGUCUCAAAGUUAUUAACUUUUAAGUUGAAUUUCAAGUAUAAUUUGUGUUUCUCAUACGGUAAUAUCUAAAAAUAAUUUAAUUUAUUCAAAAUAUAUUUUAAAAUCAAUCAUACGACUCCUCUACUUUAUAAUUUUGUUAUAAAUCAAAAUAAAACAUGGCGGCUGAGUAUUGUUUGUCUAUUCCUGUACAGUCACUGUCAAAGUGAAAUAAAAUAUUUCUGGCAAACUGACAACAUUGCAAAGCUAGAGAGAGAUAGUGCUAUCUGUUUUGUUGCUUGUUAGACAAGGAUAACAACACUAUUAUCAAUCAUACACUGCCAUUAUAACGUGGACCUCACUAUAGUCUUAAUAGUUCACAUAGUUGCUUAUGAAGACAUGUCUAAUUGCAAUGACUAAUCAGUGUGAGUUGUGUCACAAGCAGCUAUGUGAAGUAUUGUGACUAAACGUGUCUGAUCAUGUCUUAAAUAGAGCUUAAAUUAUAAUUAAUUUCAAAAGAAGUAAAAUUGAAUUCAUACAUGAAAUAACAUGAUUAACGUUAUAAACAAAUAUUUACCUUUCAUACAAAACAGAUUCGAAUUUCAAAAUAUCAGUCUGAUCGCAUAGACUGAGAACCUUGUUUUUAGCACCGUCUUUAUCUUAAUCAACUGUAACAGAAAUAUCAAUAAUUGAAUGUUAAGCUACUGUUAAAGGAACAUGC